AUGCCGUCCGCCUCUCGGCGGCUCCAGACGAAGCCCGUGAUAACCUGCCUCAAAACUUUCCUCAUCUCCUACAGCCUGAUUUUCUGGUUCACUGGAGUGAUUCUGUUGGCUGUCGGCGUCUCUGGGAAAGUGAGCCUUGCUUAUCUGUCCCUGUCCUCUGAGCAGGGCACCAAUGCACCUUAUGUUCUUAUUGGAACCGGAGCCAUCAUUGUCAUUUUUGGUCUUUUUGGCUGCUUUGCAACCUGCCGCGGAAGUCCAUGGAUGCUAAAACUUUAUGCCAUGUUUUUAACUUUGGUAUUCCUGGCUGAGCUUGUGGCGGGUAUUUCAGGAUUCAUUUUUAGACAUGAGAUUAAAGCCACUUUAGGAGGAGCUUAUAGAGAUGCUGUGAAGUCCUACAAUGCCACAGACACCAGAAGCACUGCCGUUGAUACCAUCCAGAAAACUCUUCAAUGCUGUGGUGUAAAUAAUUACACUGACUGGAUCGCGACUGCGUACUUCAAUGAAAAUGGCUUCCCGACAAGCUGCUGUAAAGACAUCUCCAACUGCACUGCAGAAACUCUAAAAAUCCCAGACAAGGCCAAGAAUGUAGUGUACAUUGAGGGAUGUUUCCUGAAAGUGACCAGUGCAAUGGAAGCAAAUCUGGGAAUCAUUGCCGGAAUCUCUUUUGGAAUUGCUUUCUUCCAGCUCAUCGGAAUUUUCUUGGCCUGCUGUUUGUCCCGAUACAUAACCAAUAACCAACGUUGGUUGGGGAAAUAUCUACUUUCCUUCCUGGCGGGUGGCGUGAGGAGCUUCAGAAACAUAACACGUCAACAAAAGAUUCCGUUAUCUUGCGUUCCAGAACAGCCGCCUUAA